AUGAAGCUGAUUCAACUGGGCCGCGCCGAGGAUGGCGUCAACUCGUUCCUUGUGACCAUGUCUGGGCGCCAGGUGCUUCUGGACUGCGGCUUGAAUAUGAAGGCGCUUGCCCACCUGCCUGUUGACGGGCCGUGCCGCUACUACGCGCCGAGCCUGCACGCCGUGGACGCCGAAGCCAUUGACUGCGUUGUCGUCUCGAACCACUGGAGCUUCCUCGGUCUGCCGCUGCUCACCGAACGCUCGGCCUUCCGCGGCGCGAUCUACGCGACGGAGCCGUGCGUGCGCUUUGGCCGGCUCCUCUUGCUGGAGAUGCUCGAGCUGCUCGAGCGCAAGCGCAAGCUCUCGGGCCAUGCGUCCAAGGCGUGGCUCUCGCGCUCCAACAUUAAAGAUCUGCCGGGCGCCGAGCAAACCCGACUCCUGGAUCUCGAGUUUGACAAGUGGGUCGAGCCGUACACGCGCCACGAGAUCGAGCGCUGCCUCGACCGCAUCACCUACGUCACGUACAACGCGACGAUCGCCUUUGCGUAUGAGCUCAAGAUCACAGCCGUGAGCUCGGGCUACGCGCUCGGGUCGAGCGCGUGGAUCCUCGAGAGUGCGAUGGAAAACCUGGCGUACGUGCCAACGGCGGCGUCCGAAAUCCGCCACUCGACGCCGCUCGACCUUCACAAGCUCAAGGACUGCGAUGUCUUGCUUCUCUCGGACCUCAAGGUCGAUCGGAGUCCGCUCGUGGACACGGUGAUUCAGAUCGAAGCGUUCAUGAACCAUGCGCUGCGGGUGUAUGCUCGCGGCGGCUCGAGUCUCGUGCCAUGCCCCCUCGACGGCGUCUUUUUCGAACUCUUGGAGAACUGGGAGCUCUUCCUGCGCUCGCGUCAGCACGCGCCGAUCCCUGUGUACGUCGUGUCACCGACGGGCGACGCCGUGUGCGACGCCGUCUUUGGUCCGCAGUGGCUCUGCAACGCCAAGAUCACCAAGAUCUUUGCAGGCGAACCUGCCUUUGCCCACACUGCGAUGCGUGAAUCGGGCCAGUUGCGCGUGCUGCCUUACGUCUCGUCCGCGCUCGUCCAGGCAUUCGAGGAACCGAGCCUCAUCUUUAUGACCGACCCGUCGUUUCGACUGGGCGAUGCGGCGCUGCUGCUGCGGCAGCUCGAAGCCCGCGGCGGGGCAGUCAUUGGCAUUGACCCGCACGUCUCCCUUGGCUAUGCGCUCGCCCCGUACCAGCCGCUGCACAACGUCGAGGUCAUUGCGGCGCCGAUCGAUAUGCGUCUUUCGUGCAACGACGCGAAUACGCUGGUGACCCAGUGCUUGCCGCAGCACCUUCUCGUCCCCGAGUGCUUUACGUGGAAGCACCACGAGCACGAACAGUCGGUGCGGCGGCUCCACGAGCUCAUUCCGGCACGGCUGCAUACGGCCACGACCUUGCUCCGACAACUCGAGCCCGUGGUCGUGCUCAAAGCACCCAAGAAGAAUUUUGACGCGGUGCUGGACCCCAAGCUGGCGGCGCAGACCACGAUGACGUUGAUCGAGAAGAAUGCCGCGGCGCUGGUCCAGACCAAGAUUCAGAUCACGCCCGACGAGUGUGUGCUCGUGCCUGUACCGUUUAGCAAUGUGCCUGCAGCCAUUGGCGGCGACCGCGCGACCAAGCGGCUCUGCGUGCGCGAGCUCUCCAACGUGUGCGUCGGCGAGCUCAACACGGACGUGCUUGUCCAGGACUUGGCGGCGAGGUUUGGCAACAUCAAGAGCGAGUACCAAGGCGACUUGGUGAUCCUCUCGACCGGCGCCUCUAACGACGCGCUCGUCACAUAUGCGCGUCACGAAAACAAAACGACGAUCACAGCGUCCAAUGACAGUGACCGCGACGCUGUCCGCGACAUGAUUCUCGGUCAAUUGGCCGUCCUUCCGUACUGA